CAGGUGUUAAAUUACAGGAAGCGUGUGGGUGUUUUGAAUUGAAUCUGAAAAGUAGCCUGUCAGGAAUUGUCACUUUCUCUCGAGAUCUUGUGUCCACCUGACAUUUAGCAUCGGUUGAAACUUGGAACGGGAAUUAAAGUCGAAACAAAAAUGAGUAAAAUUUCUAAGCUGUUUAAAGGGAGCUCCUCGAGCUCCUCCUCCAGGCCCAGUUCCAGUUCUGGGUCCAGCUCUAGAUCCAAACACAGGUCUCGGUCUAGUCCAUCACCUCAGGAGGCCAUCAACAGACUGAGAGAAACAGAGGCGAUGUUAACGAAGAAACAGGAAUAUUUAGAGAGCAGAAUCGAGCAGGAGAUCAUGAUUGCCAAAAAGAAUGGUACCAAAAACAAAAGAGCUGCACUUCAGGCACUUAAGAGAAAGAAACGUUUUGAGCAGCAGUUAAUACAGAUUGACGGGACCCUUUCCACCAUUGAGUUCCAGCGAGAGGCCCUGGAGAACGCCACCACAAACACAGAGGUUAUGAAGAACCUAGGUUAUGCAGCCAAAGCCAUCAAAGGUGUUCACCAGACCAUAGAUCUGGAUAAGAUUGAUUCGCUCAUGCAGGAUAUUACAGAACAGCAGGAAAUUGCUCAGGAGAUCAGUGAUGCCAUCUCACAACCGUUUGGUGAUCAGUUUGAUGAGGAUGAAUUGUUGGCAGAGCUGGCAGAGUUGGAACAGGAGGGCGUAGAAGAAAGUAUGAAAAAUACGGGUAGAUUGCCAAGUGUACCGUCAACCAAACUACCCACCGCAAGACCAAGCCAUCGUUCGACAUCCAGAAAGAGAGUGGAGGAUGAUCAUGACAUGAAGAAGUUGGCUGCCUGGGCUUCCUAGGAAUGAAUACCUUACUUUAAAACUUUUCUUUUCAUUGUCAUGCACACACAUACAUACUGUAUAUAUUUAAUACAGUAUGUAUGUAUGUAUGCAUAUGUGUGGGUGUGUAUGUUUGCACUCUCAAAAUCCUAUACUUUAGUGUCAUGGUCUGCACUGCCAGGAAUUUGUGUCAAAUUGUGAUGGCUUUUAAAAAAUAUUGUUGAGAGAAAAAAGUUGAACAUUUAUAGUAUUUGUAGCAUUUGUUAAUCUUUAAGAUGAAGGAUUUUGCUGGAAAUAUGUUAAUAAUAUUUUAUGAGUGAAGGAUUAACCGUUUUUAUGUAAAUGUAGAUUACUGGGAUCCGGGUCAAAAUAAAGUCAUA